AUGUUCCGCCUGCGGGCAUUGUCCGCAGUUUCGGUGGGUCUGGGGCAGCUGUCCCGACGCUACCACAGUGGGGCAGCGCGAGGGUCAGGGCGGAGGAGACUAAUGCUGGCAGCCCUGGCUGGAGUAACUGGUGUGUCUGCUAGUGCUGGACUCCUCUGGACAAGAGCGUAUGCAGAUGCGGGGCCUUCUGUUGGACACUUUGAGAAGCCAGGCGGAGAGGAAGCUGAUUUUGUGAAGGAUACAGACUCGGAGACGGAGUCAGAGAAAUCAGUGGAGGCCAGCAAUGGAGAUGAAGCAACGGAUGAUGGUGGUGAGGGGAAAAAAAAGAAGCCACGCUCUGGAUUCCGUGACCGCAAGGUGAUGGAGUAUGAGAACAGGAUAAGGGCCUACUCAACUCCAGACAAGAUUUUCCGCUACUUUGCCACGCUGAAGGUCAUCGGUGAGCAUGGAGAUGCUGAGGUUUACAUGACGCCUCAGGACUUCAUACGCUCCAUCACUCCUAACGAGAAGCAGCCAGAGAACUUAGGCCUGGAUCAGUUCAUUGUGAAACGCUAUGAUGGGAAGAAGAUAGCCCAGGAGAGGGAGAAGUUUGCAGAUGAGGACAGCAUAUUUUUCACGCUGGGAGAAUGUGGCCUUAUCUCCUUCUCUGACUACAUCUUCCUCACCACUGUGCUGUCCACUCCCCAAAGGAACUUUGAGAUUGCUUUCAAGAUGUUUGAUCUGAAUGGUGAUGGAGAGGUGGACCUGGAGGAGUUUGAACAGGUCCAGAGCAUCAUUCGCUCCCAGACCAGUAUGGGCAUGCGGCACCGUGACCGCUCCACCACAGGAAAUACCCUGAAGACAGCCGGCUGCAGCUCCGCUCUCACCACCUACUUCUUUGGAGAAGACCUGAAGGGAAAACUCACCAUAGGCAGCUUCCUGGAGUUUCAGAGGAAACUGCAGCAUGACGUGCUCAAACUAGAGUUUGAGAGGAACGAUCCUGUGGAUGGCAGAAUCAGUGAGAGACAGUUUGGGGGCAUGCUGUUGGCCUACAGUGGCGUCCAGUCUCGUAAACUCAAGCAGAUGCAGAAGGGCUUGAAGAAGAUGUUUAAGGAUGCACAGGGCAUCACAUUUGAGGAGGUGGAGAAUUUCUUCACUUUCCUGAAAAACGUAAAUGAUGUGGACACAGCCCUCAGUUUCUACCACAUGGCUGGAGCGUCCAUAGAUAAAGUUACCAUGAAGCAGGUGGCCCGCACCGUGGCCAAGGUGGAGCUGUCAGAUCAUGUGUGCGACGUGGUGUUCGCUCUGUUCGACUGUGACGGGAAUGGAGAGCUAAGUAAUAAGGAGUUUAUAGCCAUUAUGAAGCAGCGUCUGAUGCGUGGGCUGGAGAAACCCAAGGACAUGGGCUUCACUCGUCUGGUGCGUGCCAUGGUGAAGUGUGCCCAGGACACCGCCUGGGACUUCGCCAUGCCGAAGACAUAAUCGAGACAGGACGAAGUGUGUGAGCGUGAGACAAAGACAGCAUGCGAAUACAACAUCAGCAGCAUCAAAGGCAUUCUCCUUCAACAGGUCACAAGAAUAUAAAUAUACAAGUAAUGCAAUGAACUCAUUAAGACAGAUGCUCUGAGGGGCACCAUCAAUCAUUACCGCAUGUCAGUGUAGUUCAAGCUAUCAAUAUAGUUCCUGAAGCAUGCUGACGCCGCACUGUGUGUCCCGAAAGGCUUUUCCUAGCAUGUCUCUCUAAGACAUCACAGGUAUUUGUAAAUGUAUAUUUGCCAUAUUCUGCAGAGGAAUGCCAGCAGGUAACUCUGUGACCCCUUUUUUCAAACGCUAAAACAGCACUUUUUUUUAUCAGUAGUUAACAUGUUUCAUUGCAAAAGGGAAAUAUCAAUCAAAGAAAUCAAUCUUAUUUGUAUUUUUAUCUGUAUAAAUGCUGCCAUAUGUCUGUCAUUUACUAAUGACAGACAUUUAUUUCUUUGAUGGGACACUGACCCUCGUGUCUGUAAUCUCAUAAGCGCCUCUUUGUUCAGCCCGCUAGCUCCAGCUGCAUCUUUGCUUCCAGCAAAUUGGCUCAUAAAGGAUCCAUGAUAAAGUGUUGUUCUAUAAUGUACUGUUUAAAGUGUGUAUUCUUCUGAUUAUUAUUGCUCUCUGAAAUACUUUAUAUAUAAGACGGAUGUUAAAAGAAAUGCUCUAUUAAAGAUGUUUUUAAUAAUGUACAUCUAAUUACAUUUAAAUGAUUGUUCUGUAUGGGGUGUAAGUCAGGUUGUUGUCUUGCCAUGUUCUCAUUUUCACUCUUUUGGGAUUAGCAAAACUAAUCUAUGGGGCACCAAGGAAUUUAUUUGUCGUGUAAUGAAA